GAAGGGCUGGAGAGCGCUGGAUGCUCUUAACGAGCGCACAUGUAGAGCACUUGAUGUGCAGAGGAGAUCUUUCUCUCUCUGGUGAUGAACCGCAGCUGACCACCAGAUUCUCCAGCCCAGUUGUAAGCGACUUUCUCCCGACUUACCCCCAUUAAAGUUUCUUGAGUUGUAGGGGGGGCUCUUCGUUAAUACCCUGGCCUUGCUAACUCCGGGUUGGUCCGAGAGGGACCGUGAAAGCCUCCGCGGGGCCAGGCUGCGCGAGCCGUGGAACUGCCCCGAGCCGCGGGCGCUCAUGGAGGGAGACAUCAUGGACAAACUCGAGGACAUGGCUUCGGUCUACGAGUUCGACCCGCUGACGGGGAACAUCCCCGCCACCAAAGUGGAGAUCACAGUUUCGUGCAGGAAUCUUUUAGACAGAGACACGUUCUCCAAAUCUGAUCCACUGUGUGUCUUGUACACUCAGGGUGUGGAGACCAAGCAGUGGAGAGAGUUCGGAAGAACAGAGGUGAUUGACAACACGCUAAAUCCGGACUUUGUCAGGAAGUACAUCCUGGACUACUUCUUUGAGGAGAAGCAGAACCUACGGUUUGAUUUAUAUGAUGUUGACUCUAAAAGUCCUGAUCUUUCCAAACACGACUUUCUUGGCCAGAUGUUCUGCACGCUGGGCGAAAUCGUGGGGUCGCCGGCCAGCCGACUAGAAAAACCUCUUGGGGGCAUACCGGGCAAGAACUGCGGCACUAUCGUCUUAUCUGCCGAAGAACUGGGAAACUGCAGGGACAGUGCAACCAUGCAGUUCUGUGCCAACAAAUUGGACAAGAAGGACUUUUUCGGGAAAUCGGAUCCCUUCAUGGUCUUUUACAGAAGCAACGAAGAUGGCACGUUUACGAUCUGCCAUAAGACUGAGGUGGUGAAGAACACCCUCAACCCUGUUUGGCAGCCGUUCACCAUUCCCGUCAGAGCUCUCUGUAAUGGAGACUAUGACAGAACAAUCAAAGUGGAAGUGUAUGACUGGGAUCGUGAUGGCAGCCAUGAUUUCAUCGGUGAAUUCACCACCAGCUACAGAGAGUUAGCCCGAGGUCAGAGCCAGUUCAACGUAUAUGAGGUGGUGAAUCCAAAGAAGAAGAUGAAGAAGAAGAAAUAUGUAAAUUCAGGCACGGUGACACUGCUGUCGUUCUCAGUGGAAUCAGAGUCGACUUUCCUCGAUUACAUCAAAGGAGGGACCCAGAUCAAUUUCACUGUGGCCAUUGAUUUCACCGCCUCUAACGGAAACCCAUCCCAGUCCACGUCUCUCCAUUACAUGAACCCCUACCAGAUGAACGCCUACGCCCUGGCACUGAAGGCUGUGGGGGAAAUCAUCCAGGACUAUGACAGUGACAAGAUGUUCCCUGCACUGGGAUUUGGAGCCAAGCUGCCCCCCGAUGGACGGGUGUCUCAUGAGUUCCCCCUAAACGGCAAUAUUGAAAAUCCCUACUGUAAUGGUAUAGAGGGGAUAUUAGAGGCGUACCAUCAGAGUCUAAAGACCGUCCAACUAUACGGACCUACCAACUUUGCCCCUGUCGUAAAUCAUGUGGCCAGGUACGCAGCUGCUGUCCAGGAUGGCUCGCAGUAUUUUGUGCUCCUUAUCAUCACAGAUGGGGUUAUAUCAGAUAUGUCACAGACCAAAGAGGCCAUCGUAAAUGCUGCCAAGCUGCCCAUGUCCAUCAUUAUUGUUGGAGUUGGACAGGCUGAAUUUGAUGCUAUGGUCGAGUUGGAUGGUGAUGACAUCAGGAUUUCCUCAAGAGGAAAAUUAGCAGAGCGAGAUAUUGUCCAGUUUGUGCCAUUCCGGGAUUACAUGGACCGGACGGGAAACCACGUGUUGAGUAUGGCGCGACUGGCCAAGGACGUUCUGGCUGAGAUUCCCGACCAGUUCAUUUCUUACAUGAAGAGCCGGGGAAUCAAACCCAAUCCGGCACCACCUCCGUACACACCGCCAGGACACACACACCACACACAGAUCUGAGCUCGCUCUCCCAAACCUGCUUUAACACAACAGAUCCUCUCCCUGGAGUCACGGGGUAGCUGUACCGGAGCUUUUAGGGUUUAGCUCCCAGUGUCACCAUGUGUUUGAACUCUCCGAGACACUCUGAGGUACAGUGGCGUUUUUUGUUUGUGCCAUUUUAAUUUUCUGCCCGUUUUUUUUUUUCCUCGAAAAGACAGUGUGUUCAAGAAUCUGACCUAAGGGCAGCUUUUUUGUUUGUUUUGUUUAAAAAUAUCUCUAUCUUGGCCUGUGACUGUUUCUUAUUUUGUGGAUCAGUUGACAA